AUGGUCGAAGCGAGCCCAGGUAGGUUAGUUGGAGGCUAUCUGACCCUGCCUGGGAUUCCACGCACAAUCACGCCUGUCAGUCUGCCUAUGGAUCUAACUAACCUCGAUCAAUGUGGUGAAUCAGCAUCGCAGCCACCACACCCGUUAGGCGACUUCCAACAGUCAGGACAUCCAAAUAAUCAAUGGCCAAGACCGAAUAGCUCGAUAGGCGGUUUAGGGUAUUGUCCGCGUCCUGUGUGCCGUUUCCACCUUGAGAAAUGACAGCAGUUCCAGCUGUUUGAGACAUCGAUUUGUUCACAAGUCUCUCCACAAGUGGGGAAGGAAUGCCAACAAUGAGGAGGAAUAUUGGAGUGUCAAUUUCUGACUUGAUUGUCAUCGUUAACUACAAGGUGAAGCGAAAUAAGCAAGUUCCUUUCUGCAGUCAUGCAACUGGUGCAUCAGUUCCCCAUGUCUAUGGCAGAAAACAACUGGAUUUUCCACGUGUUCAUUGUGCAUCGAGCGUUGUUUUCUCGAAUUUCAAUGUCUGUGGUCACCUUGGUUGGACUUCGUUUUUUGAACAAUUCAUAAAUAUGGCGUGCAGCUCUCUUAUAUUAUCAUCUAGAACCCUUAAACUUGCUGCUUCUCUUACAUUUUUAUCCGCACUUGGUUUGACUCUUACUCUUACUCUCCAGAUUCUAUUUAGAUGCCAUUAUAUCCGUUUCCGGAUGUAAUAAUAAUAAAAUGAAAUCUUGCGCCACGAACUGCCGUUAAUAAGUAUGAAAAAUACCACUGAUAGUCGAGUCCAAGUAAAUAACGCCCCUUAAAUAAGAAGAAGAAGAAGAAGAAGAAGAAGAUGAUGAUGAUGAUGAUGAUGAUGAUGAUGGUGAUGGUGAUGAUGAUGAUGAUGAUGAUGAUGAUGAUGAUGAUGAUGAUGAUGAUGAUGAUGAUGAUGAUGAUGAUGAUGAUGAUGAUGAUGAUGAUGAUGAUGAUGAUGAUGAUGAUGAUGAUGAUGAUGAUGAUGAUGAUGAUGAUGAUGAUGGAGUGAUACGAAAAUGCAAAAGUGAAAGUAAAGGGAGAAGGCAACGAUGAUGGCAAAGAAGACGAUUGUGAUGGCGACUAAUAAGACGAAAUAAAUAACAGGAGGGCGACUGCACAAUUGUGCUGAUUUUGCGAACUAAAUUUUAAACAAAAGGAUUCAUCGCUUGCGAUCUGACACAAGCGACCGUGGUCCGCAGUGCACAUUUAUUGUCGGAAUUUGCACCCUACUGAAAAAAAUCGGUAUUCCUUACAAUGUACUAUUACCUUUACCAUGUCUUUUGUAUUUUAAGCCCCUUAGAGUUUUUCUUUAUUAGUAUAGAUAUUGGAUUCAUGCAUUGGUGUCGGUUUGCUAGUGAUUAGCAACAAUUCGUAAAUGUCGACACUAUUCAUCUGUUUUGUCACGUUCUGUAGGUUUUCUUUGCUGCAUCAAAUGUGUUCCUUACGUUUAUGGUGUUAUUCGCCCUCUAAACGGUUUGUUGCAAGUGAAUUUCUUCAAUGUUUUCGCCCUUAUUUUUGUGGAGGGUAGCAACUGUGACCUGCAGUUCCGAAGUUGGUCUAGUAAAAGUAUCCUGGAAGUAGACCAGUGUGGUUUAUAACAAUGCAAAGGCUCACCACAGGAGUUAGGCGGGACGGAAAAAGUAAUUUACUUGAAGAAAGUAGACAACGAUAAUGGCGAAGGCUGGUCGCUAAUUAAUUUGGCUCUCUAUCUGGAAUGCUGCCACCAAAUAGCCCCAAACCCCUAAUGGCAUACAAGCGUUUAUUAGCUUGUCUACUUGUCAGGCCUGAAGUGGAACGAGAACUUCGCUAUCACUGUACAGCAAUCCAAUAAUAUCCACUGUCUGAGUAGUUUGUCAGUCGGGCAGCCGACCAAAACACACUGGGGGUGGAUGAUCACAAUAACCGUGCUGAUGUGCUGGAAGCCCCUGCCUACACCGUUGAACUCAACCAGGCAGGGUCGCGCCGCUUGUUGAAAGCAGUCCAUCAUUUCAAUCGCGGAACCUACGUAUAUUCCAUGCUUACCAAAUGGUAGGUUUUUUUACAGCAGACGGGGAAGAUGGAUUCUAAUCGUCGAACUUUUAUUGCUCACUCAUUUGCUAAUGGCAGCUGGAGCAAACUGGGAAUAUUUUAAGCACAAAACCAACAAGACGUUGGUUACGCUUUCACACAAAGCAGUCCGUCAUAAUUUUGUGUCCUCUAGGCAUGCAAUAACAAGGAGCCUGAAAACUGCGCAAAACGUAAUAGCGAGUCCAUGUGCACAGCUGUUCUAUGCACAGUAAAUCAUUGCAUCGUCAGUACACGCGUAUUCAUUUUGGGGGUACGAUUGAGUGUACUGGUUUUCACGCUAUUGCGCUGUAAUGCGCAUACAUCUGUAAGUAAUGAUUAACAUGCCCCGUUUUCCAUCCAUUAAACUCGGCAUAUGGCGAGAGAAAAGAUCGGAAUGGGUCCAACGGACCUGCUUUUCAUCCCUAAAAUAUGCCGACAUACGUGCUGCCCCUGUUUAGGCGGAUCCUGCGAACCGAGAAAGAUGGGUGAGCUAACACCGGUUUUCCGAAAUUUAAAUGGCAAUAUGCUUAUGCACGCUCCAAAGCGUAAGAUAGUUCUUUUUGGCACUGAAGUAGGCCACUUAAAAGAUCUUGGAAAUUUAAGAAAAUACAAGGGAGUGAAAGCGUCUAGCUCCAGAAAACCGUCUUUUAAGUAGUCAGUUAUUAUUUUCUAGAGAUUUUCGUCCCACUUGGAAGAAACAACUAUGUUUGCAGACUCUCAAAAUCAUUUAUUUUGCCGCCUGGAGCCCUGUCAUGGAUUUCCGAAAGAGAAUUUGCAAUAAUUGCUUUCCUUUUGUUGGACUACCCGAGAUCUGAAAAAUGACACAAUUUGAAGUGAGUCAAAUAUAGAUAGCAUGUACAGUGGAUAACCUACCUCAAGAAAUUUGGAUCGAAAUUUUAAGGUGUGUUUUUUGUUGGAAAAGGCGGGGUUGUAAUACUGAUUGCCAUCCAACAUAAUCUCAAGAUAUAUCAGUUACGUCAGGAUGCCGGCGUUUGAAUACGCCUCCUUUUGACCGCCUUGGCAAUCACAUUCGGUAUGAAGUGGCUACACAAGUAGUAGAAUUUUUACACUGACUUUCAAUAAAUAAGAUUCUGCCAUGGCUGUGAACCAGGAUGUAUAGUUUACAAGCAGCAUUACUGGACAGACAGGUGCGAUAUUGUUUGAAUGGAUAUCGCACGAUCUUAAAAGAGCUCAUAAUCGCAAACUUUUAUUAACGGAGAUAUAUCCUUUCAGCCCGUACAAAAGCUGCAGAAGACGUAAUUCUCUACAAAAUGAGUACGAGAUAUCCUUGUGCAUGUUUCCUAUCAAAGAUAUUUGAAUUUGUAAGUGCAUCGGAAAUCGACGUGGAAAAAUCAUACUACUUAUGCAGGCGUUUUUUUUUUACCGAGAAUAGGUUUCGCUGGUGUCGGAGAAGAAACUCCUUUAAAAACCGAUACUCUAGCGUAACUGAAAUAUCUUGGGACUAUGAUGCGCAAAAAUCCAUAUUACAGCCUCACGCAAGUCAUCCUUUCAAAUCGAAAACCUAUUUAUGAAUUUCGGUUAAUAUUUCGCGAAAUAGGCCAGCUACUGCACAUUGCAGAUAGUUGCCUGUAGUUCGGCGGGAAAAGGGGAAUUCGGCUGUCAAACUGUCUUCACCAUACCGUAAAACCUACACCUAAUGCAUUUCUGAGUCUGGAUUUCCAACAACCCAACUGGAACAUUUAAAGCUUGCGGAAUCAAAGAGAUGUCCUUGAGAAAUAAGGGUGAAGUUUCAAGCCCCAGACUUUGGUCGAAGUAAAGAGGAGUUGUGGAUCGCCAAAGCAUCAGUAUAGUUUUCUGAGCUAACAGACCCGCACAGGUAUCCAUUCCCUGAGACCGUAAAAACGCACCAAAAGUUGGUACCGGUGGUAGAGUCGCACACACAUCCGGGUCCCUCUAGUUCCUGGCCCACUCUAUUAUGUUUGUGUUAGCGAAGUUGAAUUCAUUGUCUGUCUCUACACUGCGGUCAGUGAAUCGAGACAGCCGGCGACUCCUCACAUGCAAUCUGCUUGUCGUCGUACGCAUGACCUUCUUGCUCUCGAACCUGCCCAUUUUGGUCCGACCGCCGCAUGCGACGACGUACGUCGACUGCCCCACGAAGCGGGCGCAGCAUCCGGGUCCUACGCGUGAACUAAGUUCAUAGUGGGGCAGCCAGAUGCGGAACCUAUCAAACUCUCCCCCCCUCUACACCCACCUUGCUUCCAUGUCAAUGCAUUGGCCAGACGACCGCAGGUGGGUUCAGACUCGGGGGGCGACAAGGCUAAUCAGUCCGUCUAUACAUGUCACAUGACCUGAUCCCAGCCGCUUGGAUCUCACAUGCCUGAGGGUACCACAGAAGCCACAGCAGGAAGGAGUCAUUGCAGCCUGACACUCAGUCUUGGCAACUUUCCAAGCUACGAAUCCUAGCGCUUCAAAUUUAUUAUGGCGAGGAGUGCGUUGGUAUGCGGUCCGUCUGAGCCUGCCAACUAACUGCUGAUGUGAUUCGGAGCGGCGACCUACAAAAUUUAGCACGCACGUCUGCGCGUUCAACACGCACGAAUGGGUCCCAUAGCGCGUACGCCUACACAAAAGGACAUGCUUCUUACUUAAAUAAUAAUAUGAAAAUGUUUUAUCGUGCGACGUCUCACCCAUCAAAAUGACAGUAACAAUUAGGACGGUGCGCGUUUGCCGCAGGAGAGAGGAAUAGUACUGCGUGGGUGACAUGUACGCGCGCACUGUGAAGUAGAUUCAUGUGUAGCCUUGGAAGUUGUGUGGGCAAAUAGGACGAGCUGCUGUGAGCGGUCUGGACUGUGGCAUUUUAACGAAGUUUUUCAUGGAGGCGCAUAUGGCCUAAUAAGCCCAUCAGAUGGUCCAUUGUCCUGGAGCAGUCUGGGCAGGUGAGACUGGAGCGACGGCUAUAUGUUGCAACUCCACACACUGGUUCAUCGGUCUCAGUGCGAUGGAUUCGCAAAAAACCAGACCGAUGCGGGAUGCGAAAGUGCGCUCGCAAUGGGGAUAGGUCGGAACCGAGUCGAUACUGCUGGUGGAAAGGGCGAUGGUGGUGGUAGUAUGCAGGCUGGUAGAAUUUCCCUCAUCGGUAGUGCUAGAGGCGGUGGUACUGAUGGUAUUUUGUGAAAUGAGUCGAGUUUUUUUCAUUGUGGAGUUUACGCUGGGUACAAAGAUGUCCAGCGAAACCGGCCCGCGACAUGCAGGUUGCCCUUGUGCCUUGACACUGGCUAUUUGGUUGGCUUCGAAGACGGCUGUUCCAGUCCACUGAGCAGCUCGUCAGGCCUGUCGAUCUUGAACACAGUCCAGUCAGGUCCCUCGCUUAAUUCACAAGUGCUUGUUAGAGUUUUUCAGUGUGUCCUUGUAGGGACAGUUUUAUUCGCCUUGUGUGCGUGUACCACCUAGCGCAGACGCCGUAGAAUUGUCGUUUGAGCGGGCGCUACUCGUCUAUCACAUGUGUAUCUACCGGUGCGUCACAUGAAUACUGACGAAUGAGGCUUUCGUCCUUAAGCUCCCUAUUCAUAUCGAUAAACAGAAAUAAAGUCAAGUUGGCGAACGCACGUUUUCGGUAAUUCUUCCUCAGGCCAAUACAAUUACAUGAACGAAUGAAAAUGUACAAAAUCAACAGUGUUUAUAGAUGCCUCAAGGGCUAUUAAGUCACUAACACUCAUCAUCCCCACGCCGCCCGCAUGAGAAGGUCGGCGGGUGUUAGUCGUCAGAGCUAUCACGAGGGCAUUCCCUGCGGCGAAUUUACGCGUAUGCUUCACAAACGCUGCCCUCCUACGUUUGGGAGGUAAAGACAGAAUACCGUUGGAGGCCACAUCAAUGUGCAUUUAUUCAUUCACUUGCUCCUGUGGAGCAGGAUACAUCGGCCGCACAACGAGACGCCUGGUAAAGAGGGUACGUGAACAUAUGCCCGCCUGGUUAGACAGAGGUGAGACCCGGUCGAUUUCCAGUUCUAUUCUCGCGCAUUUAAUCGAUACGAAUCACCGUGUCAAUGCCAAGAAAGCAUUUCAGGUUGUCUACCGGACACCAACAUGCUUCUCUAAAGGCCUACGCCAACGGAUACUAGCAACGGCCGAGGCAGUAGCUAUACGGUCAGUGAAUCCGGUGUUAUGCUGUCAGAAAACUCUAACACAAGCGCUUUCGCUGCCGUGGCCAACGUCAACCCCAAGUGAUGAAGCCAUGCCGCCUCAAAUCCCUAAUCACGAUGAUGGUUACUCCGUGUACUCAACCCAAGAUCAUUACUCAAAGACUCUCUUACCCCUCUUCCCUAGCUCUGACGACUAACACCCGCCGACCUUCUCAUGCGGGCGGCGUGGGGAUGAUGAGUGUUAGUGACUUAAUAGCCCUUGAGGCAUCUAUAAACACUGUUGAUUUUGUACAUUUUCAUUCGUUCAUGUAAUUGUAUUGGCCUGAGGAAGAAUUACCGAAAACGUGCGUUCGCCAACUUGACUUUUCAAUUGUAACAUGGGAAUAUUUGCGGAACUUAGAAAUAAAGUCAUCAACUACAUCAGCAAAUGCGGGAAGUUAAAAAGUUAGCGAUAAUUGUGAGCCAGGUGCAAAAUGCCGCCGCUAAACAAUCGUUUCAUGCUGAGGAGAAUGCAGCGGCAGUCCUAGGUGGAGUGCUUAGGCCAGCGGAAGUCCUGACCGACUUUGGGGAUCAAGCUUGCAACGUCAUUGUCGAUUUUGAUUUUUCCUGGAAUUUUACAACCAGGCUGGACUAUUUUGUCCAGAAAUGUAAAGUGAGUCCCAUUCUCGCUGAUUCUGGAUACGCCGUACUCAUCAGAUGGUGCUAGUUGAUAUAAAACCAGCUAUUUUUCUGUGUAGACCGUCUGGCUGAAGUUUGUGCAGUUCUAUUGCGUUUUCGUCUUCGUCGUGGUUUUGAGCGCUCAGCCGUCCGCGAACAGGAGAUCAUGAACACUGGUCGUAGAGGUUCUCGCGAAUGCCUGUAUGCGUUGAGUGUUGAAUGGUUGUCUGUCAGUUCGAUGGAUGGUGUUUAUUCCUGCACAUUUCGCACGGCAGACCACAAGUGGCUUGGCGGAGAUCAUGAGACUGUAUAGGAAGGGACCACACAUGCUUCACCCGAUUUGCCACUGCGGAUGCUUCAGAUAUGGCCCGAUUAUCCGUGACACGAGCCCUCAUACCGUCGUGGGGUUGACGCACCAACUGUGUAAAACGCUCCGGACAUUCAAAUUUCAACAUAUUUUUCAAGAGUUCGUCGUGGUUGUCUGUAUCGAAGACCUUUGUCAAAUCUAGGGAGAUGGCGCAAAGUCUGUUUCGCAUUUCUUAUCAUUUCUCUUGUAGUUGACAGGCACCGAGGAUCAUGUCGGUGAUUUUGAGAUCCCUUCCAAAUCCACAUCGUCUUUCAGGGAAAAAUCCUUACUGAACGUGAAGAUUUAGGUGAUAAAGUAGUACUCAGACGAAGACUUCGUCCUCCGUACUAAGGAGAGAAAUGCAUCUGCCCGGUUCUCCCUGCCGUUGCAUUGAUGGACGAUGGCUGGUCCUUGAGAUUCUGAGGGAUUUGCUCUUGUCUCCAUAUCGCUGGAAAGGCGAAGUAGGCUUGUCCAUGAGUUGUGAGUCGUCCUGUUUCUGAAGUUCAAUUGGAGUAAAUCGGUGAUCCAUGUUUCGUCGUUGGACAUUUACUGCACGACUUUUAUGGUUUCUUAUAGCGAGAGCUGCCAGCCGACGUCCGAUUGGUUUCCAUUUGAAAGGGUUCCUUGAUGGCUUCGUUGGAUCCUGAGGACAUCUCUGGAGUUUACAGCUCAGCUCUCUUAUAUUUGCGGUUCUUCCACCAUGAGGGCUGAGCAGUGGACGUAGGCCAUAUUGAUGGGGACAAAGAAGUUCCUCGUUUAAUUGGGGUCUGGAGACCCUUGCGUCUCCUCAGUCUUGUGAGACAUCCAUAUAUUUUGCAUCUCAGUCACUGUCUCAUCUGACUUUGGUAUAGAAAGAAAGCCGUUUUUAGACCUCGGUUCUGUUGUUGACCUAGGUUGCAUGCAGCUGUUUAUUUUUGGAGGGCAGAUUGCAGACCUUCCCGUCGUUGUCAUCGAACCAGUCCGUGUGCUGAGAGUAUACACACCUGGAGACUGCUAGACCAACGGAGUGGAUUACGUUCCGCAGUUUACUCAGCUGCGUCUUUAUAAUGGCGUUAUCAUCCGGAACUUGUGUUUGUUCCUGACAUAGAUUCAGGGGAUUGCUGAAAUCUAACCGGCGAUGGGUCAUUUCCAGUAACACCGAAUUUAACUAACCCUGUGCUCACCUAUCUUGUAAAUUCCUGAAAGAUUUCAGUUGCGGAUGAUAAGACAGUGGUCUGUACAGCAGUCUGCACCGAUUAUCGCCUUUGCUACGAGCACUUCAUUCUGGUCGUGCCGCCUGAGUAGGACGCAGUCGAACAGAUACCAGUGAAACGAGCGCGAAUGCAUGCACGUCUUCUUCUUCUUCUUCUUCUUGAUCUGCAGGAGAAGACUGCUUCUAUGCUGACUCGCAGGUGGAGAGGGCCAUUGCUGUUACAGCUGUAGAUUUCGUGGUGACCGAGCACACCCUCCCAGGCAAGGUGGUCUGUGCCGACGAGGACCCUGAGGUCCCAAAGGGCAGGCAACUUUCGCGUCAUCGACUCAGUUGCAGGGAAGACGCACAGGUCUUUUCUAGCGCCUGUUCUACAUGUCAUUGA